AUGGGUGCACCAUCAAGCUCACAAGGUUUCUCUACUGAGAGCUAUUUCCAGACACAGAGACCACCGACUGGUCUGAAGGAGAAGAGCGACAAGAUGCAUGAUUUUGUGGAAAAGUGGAAAGCGGUCAAAGGAAAGAAGGUAGUCCUAGUCACUAGUGGUGGGACUACCGUACCUCUCGAGUCAAAUACUGUCCGAUUUCUCGAUAAUUUCUCAGCUGGUACAAGAGGAGCAACAUCGGCAGAAUACUUCCUAUCGCAAGGCUACGCUGUCAUCUUCUUACACAGAUUACAUUCACUACGACCCUUCUCACGACAUUAUUCACAUUCCUUAAAUCCAUUUUUAGAUCUCUUAUCUAUCGUUCCUUCCACGUCAGACUCGAGCUCGUCGAUAGUGGUAUCACCCGAACAUACAAAAUCGCUUUUACCGAUCCUUCAAGCAUACCACGAAGCUCAAUCAUCCGGAUCACUCCUCAGCGUGGAAUUCCAAACUGUGAACGAUUAUCUAUGGUUACUCAAAGCUGUUACAGCAUCUAUGGCGAGUCUAGGUAGGAGAGGGAUGUUUUACUUGGCAGCCGCUGUAUCAGAUUUCUUCUUGCCAGAAGAGAAAGUUGCGGAACAUAAAAUUCAGUCAAAUAAGGGAACUUUGAGUUUGGAAAUGGAUCAAGUGCCAAAGGUGUUGAAACCUUUAGUACAGGAAUGGACACCAGAGGGAUAUAUCGUUAGCUUCAAGCUUGAGACGGAACCCCAAUUGCUCAUACCCAAAUCUCGUGCAGCGCUAUCGCGAUACGGUCAUCAGCUGGUGAUAGGAAACGAACUACAUCGACGUAAAUACGAAGUCGUCUUCGUCGAGCGAAAUUCCCAUUCGUCCAGUGCUCGACCUGAGAAGGGAAGUGGGGAUGAUAGGAUAAAGGGAACCGAAACUCCACCUAUCGUAGAAUCUGCCGAAUCAAAAACCCUCGACGUCAAUGGUUUGGUUCAGAAGGAAGAGUACAAAGAGACGUGGUUGAGAUUGGAUGAUCUUAAGGAUGGGGCCGCCGAGGCAGGAAAGGGUAGAGAUGGUGAAGUUGAGAUUGAAGAAUUGAUAAUUAAGGAAUUGCUGGAUAGACAUCAACGUUGGAUUGAUGCAAAGGAGUAA